AUGACACCUGGAAUUACAAACGAAAAUACCGUAUCAUUAUAUCUUAAAUAUGAAAAGGAAUUUAAAGAUACUGCUAUAGAAGAUACACAAAAUACUAAAGGAUCCGGUGAAAAACCUGGACGCAUAUGUAUGAGUAUUGCAAAGGAUGAUUUUGUUACACCAUGCCAAGUGAUUGGUAGAUACAUAAUUGAAAUAAAUGAAAAGUAUAAAUCCGAUAGCUUCAAACGUUGUAAAUACUUGAAUUAUAAGAUAAAUUCAGACGAUAAGUAUAAGAAUCCUGAUUGGAUCCAGAAAUAUAAAGAAAUUUCGUCCAAAAUAGGAAAUAUAUGCAUAGACGAUAUAAAAACUAUUCCGAACGAAUCUUCAGAAAAACUUAAAAAACUAUAUAGCCAUUAUGAUAAUUUCGACAAAUUUAAUGGUAAGAACAGAGAUUCCGAUGGUCAUAUUUGUAAUAGUGUUAGAGAAUGUUAUAACAUUUAUAACGAUAAUUACAAAAAAUGCCAAAUAAACAGCAAUGACCCUUUUUGUGAGGAGUUAAUCAAUUUUAAGAAAGCAUAUGAUAAUAAAAUGGAUAAAUUAUCUCCAUGCAAAGAUUUACCAAAAACAUUACCACACAUAGAACAAGCUUCAACACAAAUAUUACCACCUAAAAAAGAAGAUUACGUAUUUGUUCCCAUUUUAACAACAUCUAUCGUAUUACUAAUGUCUUUCACUAUAUUUUUUUUAUAUAAGUUUACUCCACUGAAAUCUUGGAUAUAUAAUCGUUUACGAAAAAAAAAAAUUAUUGAACUUAACAAAUUUCGAGAAGAAUCGAGAGAAUCCUUACAAAACCUUCAUGAAGAAGUAAAUAUAAAUUAUGAAGGAAGUUCUCAUAAUAUAUCCUAUCAACCUCAAGGAGACACUUGA